GCCGCGUGGCAACCCCGGCCCCGCGGCCCGUCGGCGCCCUCGCCCCCCGCGCCCGGCGCACCACGUGUCCGCACUGCCCUUCGACCGCCCGCCCGGGGCUUGCCGAGUCGCACCCACGAGAUUUGGUUUCCCUCUUCCCUGGCUGUUGUAAUCUUAAACCGCCGGGAGCCCAAGGCCUAUAUUUAUAGAGAAACGCGUGUCCCGAAGGCCGCCGUGGGCAGCAUCUGUUUGCCUCCUAAAGGAUUUUUAAUCCUUCGGAAGGGGAUUCCCAUUUUAAUUUUUUUUUUUCUUUUGGGAAUUUGGAGCUUCAAACCAGGACAGCUGAAAAUCACAAACUCCCAGGGAGGGCCAUAUUGUUUUUGAGAGCCUUUUGUCUGAGGUGUUGCAGCCCCGUGCGAGCUGCCCUGAACUCCUGUUUCCCGUCCGGUCUCUGAGCCUACCUACUCCAGCUCGUCGUAGCCUCGCUCUGUGCCACCUGUGAGCCGCGGUGCGGGCCACGGCUCUGAGAGGGGCCCCUUUUGUCCUUUGGUGGGCCCUCUAAGAAGUCCUCCUGGCGGGGCUCGGGGUGGUGGGGGCUGGGGAGAUGAACGCUGCGGCCAGCAGCUACCCCAUGGCCUCCCUGUACGUGGGUGACCUGCACUCGGACGUCACCGAGGCCAUGCUGUAUGAAAAGUUCAGCCCUGCGGGGCCUGUGCUGUCCAUCCGGGUCUGUCGAGAUAUGAUCACUCGCCGCUCCCUGGGUUAUGCCUACGUCAACUUCCAGCAGCCAGCUGACGCUGAGCGGGCCUUGGACACCAUGAACUUUGAUGUGAUUAAAGGAAAGCCAAUCCGUAUCAUGUGGUCUCAGAGGGAUCCCUCUUUGAGAAAGUCUGGUGUGGGAAACGUCUUCAUCAAGAACCUGGACAAAUCUAUAGAUAACAAGGCACUUUAUGAUACUUUUUCUGCUUUUGGAAACAUUCUGUCCUGUAAGGUGGUGUGUGAUGAGAACGGCUCUAAGGGUUAUGCUUUUGUCCACUUCGAAACCCAAGAGGCUGCCGACAAGGCCAUCGAGAAGAUGAAUGGCAUGCUCCUCAAUGACCGCAAAGUGUUUGUGGGCAGAUUCAAGUCUCGCAAAGAGCGGGAAGCUGAGCUUGGAGCCAAAGCCAAGGAAUUUACCAAUGUGUAUAUCAAGAACUUUGGGGAAGAGGUGGAUGAUGAGAGUCUGAAAGAGCUAUUCAGCCAGUUUGGUAAGACACUAAGUGUCAAGGUGAUGAGAGAUCCCAGUGGGAAAUCCAAAGGCUUUGGCUUUGUCAGUUACGAAAAACACGAGGAUGCCAAUAAGGCUGUGGAAGAGAUGAAUGGAAAAGAAAUCAGUGGUAAAGUCAUAUUUGUAGGCCGUGCUCAGAAGAAAGUGGAACGGCAGGCAGAGUUAAAACGGAAAUUUGAGCAGCUGAAACAGGAGAGAAUUAGUCGAUAUCAGGGGGUGAAUCUCUACAUUAAGAACUUGGAUGACACUAUUGAUGAUGAGAAAUUAAGGAAAGAGUUUUCUCCUUUUGGAUCAAUCACCAGUGCUAAGGUGAUGCUGGAAGAUGGAAGAAGCAAAGGGUUUGGCUUCGUCUGCUUCUCAUCUCCUGAAGAGGCAACCAAAGCAGUCACUGAGAUGAAUGGACGCAUCGUGGGCUCCAAGCCACUGUAUGUUGCCCUGGCCCAGAGGAAGGAAGAGAGAAAGGCUCACCUGACCAACCAAUAUAUGCAGCGGGUGGCUGGAAUGAGAGCACUCCCUGCCAAUGCCAUCUUAAAUCAGUUCCAGCCUGCAGCUGGUGGCUACUUUGUGCCAGCAGUCCCACAGGCUCAAGGAAGACCUCCGUAUUAUACACCUAACCAGUUAGCACAGAUGAGGCCUAAUCCACGCUGGCAGCAAGGCGGGAGACCUCAAGGCUUCCAAGGAAUGCCAAGUGCUAUACGCCAGUCUGGGCCUCGUCCAACUCUUCGCCAUCUGGCUCCAACUGGGUCUGAGUGCCCGGACCGCUUGGCUAUGGACUUUGGUGGGGCUGGUGCCGCCCAGCAAGGGCUGACUGACAGCUGCCAGUCUGGAGGCGUUCCCACAGCCGUGCAGAACUUAGCGCCUCGUGCUGCUGUCACUGCUGCUGCUGCUGCUCCUAGAGCUGUUGCACCAUACAAAUACGCCUCCAGUGUCCGCAGCCCUCAUCCUGCAAUACAGCCUCUGCAGGCACCCCAGCCUGCAGUCCAUGUGCAGGGGCAGGAGCCUCUGACUGCCUCCAUGCUGGCCGCAGCACCCCCCCAAGAACAGAAGCAGAUGUUGGGUGAGGUUUUGUCGCCACUCAUCCAAACAAUGCAUUCAAGGACCGGCCUGGAAGAACGGGAAUUCUGCUGGAUGAUCGAUAACUCUGAACUGAUGCACAUGCUGGAGUCCCCUGUCUCUUCCCGCUCCAAGGUGAGCUGCUGGAUGGAAGCUGUGGGCAGUUUACAGGCUCAUCAUGCCAAGAAAGAAGCUCCAGAAAGUGGUGCUGUUGCUGCUUGCUACCUCUACACACGCAAAACUAAUGUUUGGACAUUGAUUUUCUGCAGUGUUUUCAUUAGAAUGUCUUCCUAA